AUGGCGGACCCGCUGGCUGUGCCCCUGUCCCGACUCUUCAUCGUAUGCGGCAGGGCCGUUGAGGAGGACACGCUGCGGGGCGCGUUUUCCGAUUUUGGCAAUGUCCAGCAUGUCAAGGUUAUCAAGGACAAAGGGGUUGCUUACGUCAAGUUUGACAAAGCCUCGUCAGCCGCGCUGGCGAUGGAGGCGCUCAAUGGCGCCGUCUUGAACAAUGGGCGCGGCCCCAAGCUCAAGGUGCUACUGGCGGAGGAGCCCACUCAGAGGGGCGCUCCUCCCCCUCCGCCGCGCAUCCCUGAUGAAGUGCUGGCGUCAGAUCCCGACAACAUCCCGCCGCGCUCGCGGCUGUUCGUCGUGGUGCCGAAGGCAGCAGAGGCCCAAGUCAUCCAGGACGAGAUCACCCGCCUUUGCACUGAUGGCCUGGAGUACGUCAAGACCGACCUCAUCGCGUCCAAAGGCGUUGUUUUUGCCAAGUAUGCGCGCGCUUCGGCCGCGCUGCGCGUCGUCGAGGAGGUUGGAUCCAAGGGCACACUGGGCCCCUACAAGGUCAAGAUCAUGCUUGCAGAGCCCAAGACCAAGCGCAGCUCGGCGGCAGCGGCGGCACUUGGUGCAGCGGCAGCCAGCCUGCCUGGAGCAUCAGCGGCAGCCGGCCUACGCGCCCUGGAAGGGCUAGGACUGGGGACGCACAUGGGCCUGCAGCACGCCCUGCUUGCGCAUCAGGGCAAGGUCUCGGACCCCUUCGGCCUGGGCAUGGCCUCGCUGGACCAGGCAGCAGCGUACCGGCACUUGGCAGCUGUGGCGGCCAGUGGGGCGCUUGGUACAAGCGCAGCUGCACACCACCAUACGGCAGCGGCCGCGGCGGCUGCCGCAGCUGCGGCAGCGGCGGCAGCCGCCAGCAACCCCCUGGCAGCGGCGCACCACCACCACACACAGCUGCUGUCUGCUGGGGACAUGGCGCUGCACAGCCUGGCCAGCGGCGCGCUCGGCUUGGGCCCGGAGGCACUGGGCGUGUGCAGCAAGAGCAUAGACGAUGCGCUGCUGGCGCGGCUGUUCCGGGCUUACCCUGGCAUGGAGUACUGCGACCUCAAGCGCGACCGGGCGACAGGCCGCUCCAAGGGGUAUGCCUACGUCAACUACNAGCGCCCCAGGGCCUGCAGCGGCUGCCUCGCGUGA